AUGGAAAACACUCGCUGCUUUGCAAACCGUUUCUCUGACUACAAAGGUGCCUUGCUCCCGGACCAGGGCGCGCAGGUCGUCGUGCCCAUCGUCGUGGCCACCGUGGAUAAAGUCCUGAAACGGAUCCCGAUCGACAUCAGCGACUGCGACGGAGGGCUGUACGAUGGCCCGGCCGGGGUGGCUUACAUGCUGUAUCAUGUCAGCGAGUGUCCGCUGUUCUCCGAGCACAGGGACGUGUACCUGAAGACAGCCAAGCAGAUCAUCGACGUGUCGGUCAGAUACGUGGACGCGGAGCCGGACAAAAACAUGCGUGCUGCCUUCCUGCUCGGAGGGGCGGGAAUCUACGCCGUGGCUGCGAUGAUAUACAAAUCCAUGGGCUUGGCUGAUUUCGUUAAGCCGUUGACCAAAUUUCGCAACCUGUGGGAGGUGUGUGCGCCCAUCAAUUUUCUGGAGUGUGGCUCGGAUGAGCUGUUUGUGGGGCGGGCUGGGUACCUGUGUGCCGCCCUGGUCCUAAAACAGAAGCUGGGCAUAGAGAUUCUGAGCAAGGAUCAAAUCAAAUCUAUUUGUCAGGCCAUCAUUGAAUCAGGAAAGCAAUAUGCCAGGAGGAAGAGAAAGCCUUUCCCCCUCAUGUACUCGUACUACGGGACAGAGUAUCUUGGUGCAGCUCACGGUCUCUCAUCAGUGCUGCAGAUGCUGCUGAGCUUCCAGGACAUGCUUAGCGGGGCAGAGAAGGAUCUGGUGUGGCAGAGCGUUGACUUCCUCAUGAACCAGGAGCAGAACUGUAAUUGGCCAGCAGAGCUGGGCGCCAUCAUCGAGCGAGAGAACGAACUGGUGCACUGGUGCCAUGGAGCUCCAGGUGUGGCAUACCUUUUUGCCAAGGCCUACCUGAUCAAUAAAAAACCCCAGUAUCUGGACACGUGCAUCCGCAGUGGAGAGCUUGUGUGGCAGAAGGGUCUGCUUAAGAAGGGGCCUGGGAUUUGUCAUGGAGUUGCAGGCAGUGCUUAUGUCUUCCUCCUGCUUUAUCGGCUCACGGGCAACACAAAAUACAUCUAUCGAGCUCAGAGGUUUGCAGAGUUCAUCUUCACUGAGGAGUUUAAAGCAGGUUCCCACUCUGUGACCAGCGUCUUCAGUCUGUUUGAAGGCCUGUCAGGAACUAUUUGUUUCCUUGUCGACCUCCUGCAGCCGGACCAGUCAGAGUUCCCUCUGUUUAGUGUCUUUGUGUGAAUUGACCCGUGGUAAGUGCAGUUCACUGACCUGAACAGACACCACUCCCUCUCUCUGAAAUCCCCCUCAAGAAUGGGUUUGUUGGAAGCACAGUGUCUAAGAACUGGGAUUGAAGCUGUGGGCAGAGCGGGAGUGGAGGGAUGGAUGGUUUUUGUUUGGGAUUUA